AAUCACACACUAAAACACUAAAGAGACAAAGAUAAACAAACUAAAACAAGAACACCUUCCAAGUUCUUCUCUUCUUUCAGCUUCGAUGGCAAUGGCUCAAAUGGAUAAGAAUAGAAAGGUCGCUCACAAGGGCUUUGAAAUGCUCGAUAUGUACCUUCCUUAUCUAUUCCCGAAACCUGAGUCAGAUAUAAAAGAACCUGUUGUUUCUCACCCGACGGAACAUAUCAAAUUCUUUGGUGGUGCACGUCCUUUUGUUGGCAAUCCCAACCGGGCUGAGAGGCAAAAAGGACGCCCUAUUAACUGCGACGAGGCGGUCAGGCUCUAUGGUGGGGUGCUUACGAAGGAGUUUCGUAAUCGUAAGUAAGCAGCGGUGUAAGAUGUCAAGCUAUGUUUGAAGAUGCAUGCAUGGGUGGUGAGUUUGUAUAUAAGUAAGUGUGGUAAUCUUUAUUUCUGCUUUCGAAGUGCAGACCAACACAUAUGCUGGAGCUUGUUGUAACGGUUUUGAGUUGGAUAAGCUUUAGAUUAAAAACAAGUGUUUGUGUCUGUUAUGUAUUUAGAAGUACUAUAAGUUGAAGCUUGUAUAAUGUCACGGUGCUAUGAUAUGUGUCUGGCCUCUUUGUAACAUAAAUAAACAUGUAUUAAAGACU